CCGCGGCGGCGUCCCGGCUGCUGAGGCGGCUCCGCGCGGCUGGCGGCGGGCGCGCCGGGCCGAGGGCCGGCGGACGGGCGGCCGCCGCCUCUGCGUGCCCCGCGGCCGGGGCCGGGCCGUGCGGCGGCGGCGCUGGGGGAUGCUCGUGCUGGGCCGGGCCUCUCCCUCCUCAACUUAGGGCGGCGGCGGGCCCGCGCCCCCGGCUCCCGGGCCAUGGCGCUGAGGGAGCUCAAAGUGUGCCUCUUGGGGGACACAGGUGUAGGCAAAUCGAGUAUCGUGUGGCGGUUUGUGGAAGACAGUUUUGACCCGAACAUCAACCCAACAAUAGGGGCAUCUUUUAUGACCAAGACUGUCCAGUACCAAAAUGAGCUACAUAAAUUCCUAAUCUGGGAUACAGCUGGACAAGAACGAUUUCGUGCCUUAGCACCAAUGUACUACCGAGGCUCAGCUGCAGCUAUAAUCGUUUACGAUAUCACAAAAGAAGAGACAUUUUCAACAUUGAAGAACUGGGUUAAAGAGCUUCGACAGCAUGGCCCACCUAAUAUUGUAGUUGCCAUUGCAGGAAAUAAGUGUGAUCUUAUCGAUGUCAGAGAAGUCAUGGAGAGAGAUGCUAAGGACUACGCUGACUCCAUUCACGCGAUUUUUGUAGAGACCAGCGCAAAAAAUGCGAUAAACAUAAAUGAACUCUUUAUAGAAAUUAGUCGAAGAAUUCCAUCCACUGACACCAACCCGCCAUCUGGCGGUAAGGGCUUCAAACUCCGCAGACAGCCGUCAGAGCCAAAGCGAAACUGCUGCUGAUGAACUCAGCCUCUCAGACUUUAUGGUGAAGUAGUUGGUCCCGAAAGUUAGCAGGAGGGCUGGGGGCCCUGCUGCCAAUGUCCACCUGGCCACUCGAGUCUUGUUCAUGCAAAAAGGACGCACAGAAAUUGGCUGGUUCUGUUUUCCCCUUGAAGACUGCAGCAAUGGUAUUUCAGUCUGUGGACGUCCGUUAUGUCAAGCAUCUGUGGUGUCUAAAGGGACCGCAUUGUUGACUCUUGACCUUGCCGAGGGGAGCACCUCAUUAUAUGAAUGGUGGAAUUAAAUUGCUGAGUAGUUUUAUAAUCAGGAUUUUAUGUAACAUUUGUAAAGGGAAAAUUGCACUUUUGUGGUUCUUGAGGGGAAAAAAAGGCAAGAUUAUCAUUUCCUUGGUUUCGGGUUACCUCUGUUGGAGAGAGUUGUGUCAUUUAAAUGAGGUAGGAUAUUGCAGUGGAGGGAUGAGGCAGUUACCGGACGAGGCAGUUACGUUUGAAGCUGAAAUGGUGAUGCCUAGGACAAAUGGAGAUACUCAGCCUCUAUAGCACUUUCUGUGGAGCCUGUUAGCCCCCGAUAAUACAGAAAGCCAACCCCACGGCAGUGGUCACCAGCUCACUUGGGGUUUGCUUUUGACUCUGUCAUGCAUGCAUCACUAAACACAUCACUGGCACCACUGUGGAGGUGGUAGAGAAUCACCUGGAAUAAAUGAAUUGCAUAUGUCCUAAACAGGUUAGCAGCAGUUUAAAAAUGAGGAAGAGGAGAAAGUAAAAAAAAGUAAUGUAAAUGCUGUCAAUUUUUUAUUUAACCCAAGUAUUUUGGUGGGGAAAACAAGUAUCUGUUGCUUAGCAUAUGUAAAGUUGUAGUCUGUAUUUAUGAGACCAUUGCUUAAAGACUAUAAAUUAUGUAAAUACAUUAAUAAAUUCUAAGUUUCAUGAAGCACUCCAUUUAAUCUCGAACCCAGUCUUGUGAUGCCCACCCACUGUUUAGCCUGUCCACUGGAGGAGACCCUGAGGCACAUUUGUGUCCUGCAGAGACAGACGUUUAGCUUGUAGUCUUUCCAGGUUUCUCUGCCUUCCCUUCUGCCCACCCCUCUUCCCUCUACAUCCCAUCUGGAAAUGAUAAUAAAGACAUAUGCCACUUCGACAAGCCUGACUAGUUCUUGCUGGCCUGUGGUAAAAGAGGGAGCUCUGAGCUCAAGUCAUUUACCUGGUCUUGGUAAUAAGUUUCCGCUUUCACGGUGACCCCAGACCCACUGGUUUAAGAGCACUUUGCUUGUCGCAAUCUAGCUUAUCUUUCCGUUUCCUUUAUUUGCCCCUGCCUUUGUUAGUGGUUAACACUCUUUUCCCUCAGGGAGCCUAAUGAGGUUUUUAAUAUGAUCUAAAAAUAAAGCACUGAAGCGUGAUUGGUGGAAAUGUGCUCCUGGUCUAAUUUGGCGCCCUCCAACCUGAGCAUUGUGCAGGAGGAAAUUUACAGGGUCAAAUAGGAAAUGAAACAGCUUGAAUUCCAAACUAAAUUGUGUGUGCAGAGCUAGCCUUAAACUGAACAGUCAAGACUUUGAAAAUAAUUGUUAUUUGUGCUCCCCCUACUUGAUAUGGAUAGAUUUUAAUGGGAAAAUUAUAACUCAGAAUAAGUGAAAAACGAUUCCCCUUUCCCUGUUGUACGUCUUAACCAUUUGAAAUUGCUUUAUUCUUAUUGGAAUCAUAUAGGAAGAAUGCAGCUGGUGAAAAUUCUGAUGCCUUCUGGUGAAGCACACAGGGACUCCCUGUGUCCCUAGCAUUGCCUCCAGCCAGUGCUAAAUUAGCAGACUGGAUAAGAGGCCAAAUGACUCCUAGGGCUGGGCCCUUGCCCCUGAAGGUGGCUUGAUUCUACUUCAUAUGUAUCCAGGAUGUCCAGCACUGCCCCUGUCUGUCCCCAGCAUUCCCACUGCUGGACCUCUGUCUCCACGACAACCAAAUAAAAACAAAGGUUGCUUGGCUCAUUACAGAGGAGGCAAUGCAUGUGAGGCCCUUCUUGUCUUAUUUCACAAAAAGAUGACGCAAAUCCACAACCUUCACAUUUUUUCCACCAAACCUGCCAGUAGAUGCCGUGAGCAUGUGGUGCUUGGUGCGCGGGUGAGGCCCUCUGAACCUCUUCUGAAUGCCUCUGCUCUCACUGGGAUGUUCUGCAUCUAGCCCGACUCAAGGCCAUCUCUCCUGCCCUUUGCAGCUGGCUGCUUCUGUGAAUUUCUCGUGUAGGGAGUGAUUCUGCUUGGUCACAGCCACAUCUCAUUAUCAGAUGAGCAGUGUGGAGCAUAAGCUCAGGCAUUUCUGGGGCCUCUUCUCUUCUCCCUCGUUUUCAUCUAUCCGUCCAAGAAAUUGACAGGGUGCUAUUUCUCUUGUAGUAUCUUUGUAAUGCUUAACAACAACAGGUUUCUAUCUCAGAUCCAUAACCCAUGCUCAGUGAAAAUGGGAAAAAGUUCUUCAUUUUAUAUUGUUUGCUUCUAAAAUGCAAAGAUAAAUACUAAAGUCAGAAGCAAUGCUUUACUUUGAACAUAUUUCAGAUUAACCUGACUAAGCAAUGAUCUACCACAUUUCAUAUCUCUUUAUUUCUUCUUGUGAGAAAAAGCUUGUAAGACUUCAAAGGAAUUGAGACAUAGCCCUUCUGUAAAAACCGUUUGGUUCCCUUUAUGACACAGGGCCAUUUUUAAAAACUUUGGGACUGAACAGAAGAGAAAAAUCAUUAAUUAGCUGCAAGUGUGUAUCGAUUCCUUUCAGAGAAGUUGAAAUAAGCUCUUUGCAGGUGUCCAAUCCUAGAAACCACUGGUCUCCAGCUCUCUCCUUUUACAUAAGUGUUUUUCUGAUUCUGUGAUAACUAAUUAACUAUCAUGUGGUGAUUAAAAGAACAUAAAGUAAGAGUAUGAUUAAGUGUCCUUCAUUUCCAACUCUGUAAGAAACGACUGGGGAGAAGUAUCUACUGCAAGCCCUCUGGUUCCAAAUGAAACCCCAUCUCCUGCUUGUCAGCCACAGUCAGGACAGGCCCUGCUCAGAGCAGCUGAGAGACUUGUUCCUUUUAAAAGGAUGCGUGUCCUGGUUCCCCACUUCUGAUGUUUGAAGUGCCUGCUGUCUCGUGUUCCUGUUUCCUGGGUGCCUGCCCGUGUCUGGAAGGAUGGAGACGUAGCAGAGGCUUGAGCUACUUCUUUUUUUCUUUUUUUUUUGGGGGGGGGGUGCUGGGGAUCGAACUGCUUACAAGGCAAGCACUCUACCAACUGAGCUAUCUCCCCAGCCCCUUGAGCUACUUCUUUAAGUGGGCCAGUGUCCUCGGGGUUGUCAGUUCUCUUUAUUUUUAAAUAUACAAGGAGGAAAAAAAAAAAACACAUUUAAUUUUGAACUUUUCUUCACAUCUUCUAUUUCUUGUCGCAAGAAGGAAAUAGGCUUAGGAGGGCUUCUAAAUCCCUAAGGAGAGAGUGAUGACAAUGGCCUUUGGAAAACAGCCGCGUGGCCUCCUGGCACUGUGGAACUCCAAUGUCUGCUUUUCCUGGCAUUGCAUUUCAUUGGGCAGAUUUCGCCAUACUCGGUACAUAGGUCUCUGAAUUCCAAGAGAGAUUUGUCCUGAGAGUGAGCAAAGGAGGUCAUAUGAAUUCUGUUUGGCACAUUUUCAUUCAUUCUCUCAGAGCACAUUCAGAAUGCGAUGUCUGGUCCCUUAGAGUCUCAGGCGCACAAUGUGUUACCCACCACAGAUGAGCGCACUGAACAUACAGGUAUCUCUGCAGCAGCCUGUGGGAGAGAGGAGAAUCCUUCCUCCCAGAGAAGAGUUGUUGGAAACCCAUUAGUGCUGCUCAUAUGAGGUGCCUGCUUUAGAAUGUUUGGAGAGUGACAGCCCACAAACUCUGACUGGCCCUCCUUGCUAAGCCCAGGAAGUUAAAUGACAGUGACAAGCUAAACAGGAAAAUCUUCAUUAUUUAAAUUUGUUUUAAAGUGAUGAACAACACAAUUUUUGUUCACUGUUUGACUUCAAAAGAACUGCACCUUGUAAUAGUUUUUAAAGGAAGAAAUGGAAUGUACCUUGGGGAAUCAUACUGUUAAAUAUACCCAACUUCAGUCAGCUUGAUUCAUUAGAAAAUUUAAAAAUCAUUCAAGGUAAUCUUUAGGAUAUCCUGUAGUACUGUGAUUUAAAAAUAAGAAAAAUAAAGUCCAAGCAACAAAUGAUCUAGGAGAUACACAUUAUACUGUGUAGUUUUAGAAAAGAGUGGUGGGGGUGGAAUUUAGCCUGGGGCUUUAAGAAAUGACCUCUGCAAAUUUCUUUUGACAGCAGAGUUGCUUGUCUUGACUUCCAGUAAUAGAAAAACAGGCAAUUUGAUUAUCCGAUUUGCAAGAAAUGUUAAUGGAAUUCUAGGGCAUUUGUCCUAUUUCAUGUGCAAAUGAAAAUCUAAAACGUAUUAGAAGAGUAUUACAUUUUUCAGGAGCCUCCAUUUCCUUCACCUAAGAGAAUGAUAAGUGAGAGACCUGUUGCGACAAAGUUUCCUUUGACAUCACAAGGAAGGUGAAUAAAUAGAACCAAGAAGCAGCACAUUUCUCAACUCAUCCUUCAAGAUUCUCCUAGCUUAUAGGAAAAUGAUAUACUUUCCAAAUAUAGAAGGGCUUUCAGUAGCAUAGAUCAAGUUUAAUUUGAUCGUCUGUACCAUCAGAAGUAACUAAUAUCUGUGUUCUUUCCUUUCAGAGCAUAAUCAAUUAUAGCUAUGCUAGAAUAUUUUUGGCUUCAAAACAAAAGGAUUCAGAAGUUUAAUUUUAAAAAGUCUCAAGCCUUCCAUCAAUUCCUUUUGUUAUGCUGAACAUUUUAGAUAGUAAGAUUAGGCUAUAUUGACAGUAAGAGGUGAAGUUAACCAUGAUAUCUAACAAAUUUUUUAAAAAAUUGUUUAAUUUGUUGCAAGUUUUUUACAUCUGUCUGGUGCCUAGUGCCUCAUCAAAAUGCUUCAUAAUUGCAACAAACAAAAUUCUGGUAACUUUCAGGAAUUCAAAUACCAAUUCUGUGUGCCACUUAAUGAGAAGUCCUAAGAUAGUAAUGAUUGUUCAAAGGACUCUUGUUUUUUGUUUUGGGAUUUUUUUUGUUUGUUUUUUCUUGCUUGAACUGGGGAUUGAACCCAGGGAUGCUCUCCCACUGAGCUACAUCCCCAGCCCUUUUUUAUUUUGAGACAGGGUCUCACUAAGUUGCCUAGGCUGGCCUCGAACUUGGGAUUCUCCUGCCUUCACUUUCUGAGUCACUGGGAUUUACAGGCAUGCACCACUGUGCCUAGAACCCCCUGAAAGUUUUGAAAGCACAUUUGACUGUGUUUACCUCCACUUCCUUUGUAUAUGAAGUUAUUACAUAGUGUAUGAAGCGUAUUCUUAACAUGGAUCAUGCAUAUAUCAGAGAGACCAGUCAACUCUGUGUGGGGGAAGUGAUUGGCAGCUGGCUAGUCAGCUCUGUUGGUGACUCUCUUUUUAAACAGUGUGUUGUUCUGUGUAGACAGAGCUUUAUUGCCCUGGAAAAGAUUUUGGUUUUUCCCUGUUCAUCUAUCUCAGUCUUCCCAUCACUUUGCUUUAUAAGUCACACACGUAAUCCCCAGUUGUGACUCUGACCUUAAGGAUUUGUCUUACCUUCUCUGUGAUCAAAGUGGAAUUCUUGCUUUAGUUCCCUUCUCACUUUUUGGUGAUAUCUCCCUUAGAGACCCUGUAUCGUUCACCUCCCCAGCACAAGACAUGCCUUCCCUGCUGCCUGCCAAAGUUGCAGCAGCAGGCUGUGUCCACUCCGUACAGCUGGGCGAUCACAUCUGUGCAGUCAGACGCCAGAGCUGACUAGGUAAGAACCUCCAGGAUUUCCAGAAGAAGGCGGGCAGCACUAGCUUUCAGUGGGAGCUCAGUUGACUGGCAGAAUGGUUUUUUGGUCAUUGGUGAUGGCUUACAUGUCAGAAUUUCACUAAGUCUGUAGUACAGCAUUUGUUAAAGUGUGUAAAAGUUCAAGUCAAAAAGCCUAGAAGUGAAACAGCUUAGAGAUGAGCCUAGACAUUUAAAAAAAAUAACCCUAAGCCAUCAUACCAGCAACUCAUUUCUCCUAAGAAUGUCGUACUUUCUCAAGACCUGAUACAAGGAGUAAAAUAUUUGUGCCUUUUAUAAUAGCAUCUGUUGUGAGAAAAAAUCAAAUGCCUAGAGUUUGGCCACUUUGUAGCACUGUAGAAGCCAGGCUGUAGCCAUGGCUUAACGCUGGGUCUUACACUGCCUGGGUACCUGUACUGGAACGUGGGAAGGAUGGUUUGCCAAGCUUAUAUGGAUGUUUGAAGACUUUAUUUUUGCGGUCUAACCUUGGGCUGGCCCUGAGUCUGUGACCAUAUGAUGUCUGUAUCAUUGUAGAUGCCAACAAAAGAAAACUAGCCUUUUUGCCUUCUGUUGUAGGGUCUUUCUUUUUCUACUUCUGCUGGUAGUGGAUGGUUGGAAAUGCAGGUAGGUUUGGUAUACUUUUUGCUGUGCUGUUUUAGCCUGAGUAUUCUAUGAUGCACUUUUAUAGAGUAAAAUGUGCUAAAUCACUAUGAAGUUUGCUGUAGGAACAGUGUAAACGUUUUGUUAAUAAAAUGCUGUGUUUACACAUGUGCG